CAAUCGCUCGUUGUGUUCCUCUGCUAUAGCGUCUGCGCGCACACUACUAUCGCUAGGACCGCCCUCUCUCAGCAAGAGCAUGUCCGAGUCCGUGCCUCGACCGAUCAAGCGCUCACCCAGCUUCGAUUGGCCAGUCCCUGCGCCAGUGCCCCUCGAACGUUCGCCCGCGGAUAUUGGUUCGGAUUUCCAAACCCUCUCCAUGAAGGUGGAGCCCAGACUCGGACACACGUUAAUGGAACCGUCGAACAUCACUCCGGGCUGGAGAUAUCUGAUGGAUAGCGAACCGCAUAAACCAGCACGGAUCGGCACCUAUGCGCAGCCCAUUGAUGCCGGAGGACUGCCAAUGUUGCCAUGCACGGAGGUCCCAGGUUCGUAGACAGGAAUAUUCGGGACACUUCGUCAACGAAAUCACUCAGCUGUGGCCGACGUACGACGCAGACUCGUGGACAUGAAUGGAAGAUGCAAACGCUCUACCAUGUGUUUGAAUGUGUUGAACGCUCUAGAGGAAUACAUUGCUCCCCG